AUGAAGAUGUUUGUUGGUUUUCUGGCUAUUUUGACCGUGGUCUCUGCAGAAGUCCAUCAAUUCAAUAUUGGAUACCGACCAAACCUUCGUCAGCGUCUUAACGCUGAGGGAAAGUUGGCAGAGUAUGAGAAGGAACGUAAUGAGUUGCUCACGAAGAAAAGCCUUCAACUAGCUCAAUCGUCUUCUCCAAUUAUUGAUUAUGAAGAUAUGGCCUACAUGGUUCAGAUCAGUAUGGGAACUCCAGCUCAGAACUUUGUGCUCUUCAUUGAUUCUGGUUCUUCCAACUUGUGGGUCCCAGAUAUCACUUGUGCAGCUGGAAAGGAUGCCACUUGUGGAAGUUACUGUAAAUCUACCCCGUACGACGCUUGCCUCACUUUCUGUCAAGAGGAGUGCUGCACCAAGACUGUUGCUGGAGCUAAAGUUCUUUCAACUGCUGAUGCUUGUCAAUCCAAACAUCGUUUCAACUCGACUCUCUCGUCUACUUAUGUAACCAACGGUCAAAAAUUUGAUAUGACUUACAACACUGGAGAGGUUAAAGGAUUCUUCGGAGUUGAUACUUUCUGUUUCACAAAUACCAGUGUCUGUGCCACUGGUCAAGUAUUCGGACAAGCCACCACUAUUGGAGAAGCAUUCGGAAAGCAACCAGAAGACGGAAUCAUUGGACUCGGAUGGCCAGCACUUGCGGUCAACCAACAGACUCCACCACUAUUUAAUUUGAUGAACCAAGGAAAACUUGAUCAACCAUACUUUGUCGUAUAUCUUGCACAAAUCGGUCCAACAUCUCAAAUCAAUGGAGGAGCAUUCACCGUUGGAGGACUUGACACCACUCAUUGCAACGCCAAUGUCGACUGGGUCCCAUUGACAACUCAAACUUUCUGGCAAUUCAAACUUUCUGGAGUCUCUUCUGGAUCAUACUCACAGAACCCGACAGCUGGAUGGCAAGCUGCUGCUGACACUGCUGCCUCUUUCAUCGGAGCUCCAAAGAGUGUCGUCACUAGUUUGGCCAAGACUGUUGGUGCUACCUAUGUCCCUGGAACCGGAGCAUUCUUCAUUGAUUGUGACGCUGUUGUCCCUGAUAUCGUAUUCACCAUCAACGGAAAGACAUAUAAUAUGCCAUCCACUUCGUUCGUUGUCUCUGCUGGACCAGGUCCAUGCAUGUUUGCUUUCUACGAGUUGACUGCUGGAGGAUUCUACCCAGCUUGGAUGCUGGGACCACCAUUCAUGCGUGCCUAUUGUCAUGUGCACGAUAUGCAGAAUGGAAAGCUUGGAUUGGCAAAGGUGCUGUAA